AUGGUGUCCACGGCAGGACUCGCACUUCUGCGAGGCACAAGACCGAGCGAAGUAGAACGUUUCCGGCAUCAGCUCGAUGUUGGAUCUCCAGUUCAGCAGUGGAUGCUUUGGAAUGUGCUUGGCGUGUUCGGCGCUUUGCUCCUCUACAUAGGCCUCGUCCUCGGUUCCAUACCCAUGCUGAUGGGUGUGUCUGCAGACGAUGAGGGAAAGGCUGCGGCUAUUGUUCAACAAAGCCUCGUACUGGCCUGCUGGAUGGCAGAACGUUAUUUGGUAGAAGGCCGGCCUCUGCCGUUGCUCCAAAGCUUACUGUGCGCUUUGAUUUGGUUUGGCUCGACGGUUGUCGAAUGGGCCGGGCCUCGUCCUUAUGACAACAUGAGCUUGGGGCUGCCUGGGCAGAUCGCAGGCUGCGAUGGGGGUUACCGAUCUCCGUUUCUCAUUUAUGCAUCUGUGUGGCUCACGGGCCUCACCUUUGGCACGCUCCUCUUGUUCUGCGAGGAAGGCACGAGCCUCGUCACAUGUAUAGAUCCGAGUGACGACGAGGCGACGGUGCCUCCUGACCCUGAGCAGGAGAAGAUCCGCCUUCUGCAACCUUUCAGGAGAAAGGCCCUGCCAAUUGUUUACGGUAUGGCGACAUCAAUGUCUGGGAUUUUGUUUGCCACUGGCACGGCUGGGAAUGACAUGCGCUAUGUCAUCGGCGGCGCCGUCCUGACAGUCAUUGCGGUGCUGUGUGCCUGGGACUUUCUUUGGCGCCUGGAGCUGCCCCUCAGCACUUGGGCCGCCACGUUUCAGGGCUUCGCCACCUCACUGCAGGUGGUGCAAGGCCAUUUCGUGUUUCGAGACUUCAGGUGGGAUCCUGAAGAUGUCCAUGGUUUUCUUGUUGUCUACAAGUUUCCGGGCCUACAGUUUUUCAUGACUGGGAUGUUCACUCUGUUUGUUUCGCUUCAGCUCUACAUGUACACCAGUUCCUGGCCAGAGUGGAGCACCGCAGGGGAGCAGGUGACCAGCCCGCUCCACUUGUCGAGCUUGUCCAGAGAUGAGAGGGCCCGCUCUGCAGUUUUUCAGCACCUCCUCUGCUGCUCGGAUCCGCCGUCCUUCAUCCCUGAUGACCUCUAUACGUCCAUGCAAGCGUACGUGAUGAAUUUGGCCCCGAUGCGCUUCACCCAGCCAUGCAUUAUGAUGCUCAUCGUUGGCAUAGCCAACAUGCCUGGUCCCGGCGACACCCUCUUCGGGGCGAGCUCGCAAGUCUCUGUCGAUUGCAUUCAUCGGCUGUUCAGAGGGGUUGGUUAA